AUGGAGAAGACGAAAUUCUUAUCCGAAGCUGAUGCCCCAGAACUCGACAUCCCAGGCGUGUUUCACCGUUCCUUAACCGACAUCAUCACCCACGUUUUUGAGAAUGAAAUCUCACAGACAUUCAAUAUGACGCCAUUCAAUCAGUACUGGAAUACGCCUGAUCAUCGGACCGUAAAAGUGUUCGGGGAAGCAUAUGCCUCCCCUGUAUUGAUGGAAGCUUACGAGGAAAUUAACGCACUUCCACGUGACCCCGGAGAUGACUUUGAGCGUGUUGUCGCAUCGAUCAUGGUCUGGUCAGAUGCUACACAUCUGGCUAGCUUCGGGGAUGCAUCCCUCUGGCCAUUCUAUGUCUUUUUUGGAAAUCAGUCCAAGUAUACACGAGGCAGGCCUACAGCGCGUGCUUCCCAUCAUUUGGCAUAUAUUCCGACGCUUCCCAACAAUUUACAGGAAAUUUAUGUCGAUAUAUUUGGACAGGCUAUGUCUAGUGAUGUACAUACACAUCUGAAACGCGAGCUUAUGCAAGCCAUAUGGAGAUUAAUUCUCGAUGGUAAGUUUAUGGAAGCUUACGAACACGGAAUCGUGAUCCGGUGUUCUGAUGGGAUCACGCGAAGAGUAUUUCCGCGCUUCUUUUCAUAUUCGGCGGACUAUCCCGAGAAGGUUCUAUUAGCGACUAUAAAAUUUCUGGGAGGGUGUCCUUGUCCACGCUGCCUGGUCAAGAAGGCGGACGUCCACAAGAUGGGCAUGAAACGCGACAUGAAGAGUCGUCUGACCAAGCGGCGUAUCGAUGACUUCCGACGACAGCGAAGUGUUGAAGAAGCUCGCAAUUUGAUUUUCCAGCUCGGAGUCCCUGUGGGCGGGAGCCGCGUCAAAGCGAUACUUGAUGAAGCUUCCUAUGUUCCAAUUCGUAACGCCUUUUCAGAAAGACUUGCAAAAUUCGGAUUCAAUAUGUUCGAAAUGUUCGUUGUCGAUCAGCUUCACGAGUUCGAGAUCGGUGCCUGGAAGGCUAAGUUUACCCAUUUGAUGCGGAUACUUCAUGCAGCCGGAGGGAAUUCUAUUGCGGAUCUCAACAAACGAUACCGAAAAGUACCGACUUUUGGCAGGGGGACUAUACGGCGCUUCCACAACAACACUUCCGCCAUGAAAAAACUCGCAGCUCGUGACUUUGAGGACUUACUACAGUGCGCUAUGCCCGUCUUCGAGAAGCUACUGCCAGAUGACCACGAUAAGAUCGUGCUGGAUCUUCUAUUUGAUCUCGCUGUUUGGCACUCAUUUGCAAAGCUUCGUAUGCACACGGACGACACUCUCAUAUUAUUCGAUACCGCAACCACGGUCUUGGGCCAAUCUGUCCGAAAAUUCUUCAAAACUACAUGUAAGUACUAUCACACAACAGAACUCCCCCAUGAGCACGCAGCACGAGGACGUCGAGAAGCUGCAUUAGCAGCUAAGCAGCCUCCAUCAUCAGGGAAAGGGAAGGAGAGGUCCGGUCCCAAGUUCAAGGCCCUCAAUCUGUCGACUUACAAGUUCCACGCUCUCGGACAUUAUCCUAACACAAUCCGACGUUUUGGUACCACGGACAGCUUUUCCACCCAGUCGGGAGAACUCGAACACCGACGAGCCAAACGCUGGUACCCAAGGACAGCCAAAAAUCACAAGACCAUGAUCGCUACCAUGACUCACCUCGAAGCCCGCGAACGUGUCAUUGCACGGAUCAACCAACGACAUGAAGAGUUAUUAAAGCCACACCGACGCCAGCCACGCGAACGAUCAUCACCCGCUGCCCAUUAUCAUAUUUCCAAAUUUCCUAAAGCAUCCUAUGACAUGACCGCAUGGCUCGGCGAACUCGAAGGCGACCCGGCGAUCAAGGAUUUCGUACCGAGAUUGAAGAACCAUCUAUUGGCAAGAUUGCGUGGUCUCGAGUACUCCGGAGACGAAGACGAAUUCUCGGACGAGGACCGUAGCCAGGUCAUUCUCGCCAACAACCAACUCUAUGAACACACCAUCCUGCGCAUCAACUACACUACAUACGACCUUCGCCGAGAACAAGAUUCAAUUAACCCAAGAACUCACGCCGACAUCAUGAUGUUGUCACACGAGGAUGACGAGGACCGACACCCCUAUUGGUAUGCCCGGAUCAUCAAAGUAUUACACGUCAAUGUGUGGUACUAUGGUCCGGGCAUUUCUCAAGCCGUACCUACUCUCAUGCAUGUUUUGUUCGUGCGCUGGUUCGGACGUGAUGUUGCGUUCAAUGCUGGGUGGUCUGCCAAACGACUACAUCGCAUUGGAUUCAUCAAACAAGAUGAUCCUGACUGCUUUGGCUUCGUUGACCCCGAUCAAGUGAUCCGAGGGGUCCACUUAAUUCCCGGAUUUCAGCAUAAACGGACUGACACUCGGCUUGGACCUUCAUUUGUCCGUCCGCCCGAAGACAAAGAUACAGACUGGUUAUAUUUUUAUGUCAAUCACUUUGUAGAUCGCGACAUGUUCAUGCGCUUCCGAGGAGGUGGAGUCGGGCAUAAGAUGCCGCAAGAUCUAUUCGAGCUUCUGCGGAGUGAUGGUGCCGAUGUUGUGGAGAAUGCGGCCGAGAUUGAAUUGGAUUUAGGAAGCUUGGAAGACGAAGACGACGACGACGCCGAUGAGGAUGAUGAGGAAAUGAGUUGCGAGGAUGAGGAUAGUGAGGAUGAAGGCAGCGCAGAUGCCAAUGAUGACAAGGAAGACGUGAUUGUAGCUGACGAGGGGGAGGAGCUCGAUGAUGAAUAUCUUGCGCAGGAAGGCAAGCGGCGUAAUCGGCUGAAAGGAGAUAUCGUUGAGGCUCUACAAUGUGUUAAGUGCUCCCUUCGUCAUGAACUUAUAUUCCGCGAGGCCGGUCCUUCAUCUCUUGUGGAGGAAGAAGCUGAUGAUUCUGAAAAUGAGGCUGAGGCUGGUGAGCACGAAGUAUCCAAAGACGAACCAGCAGAUGACGAGGGGUGGGAUGUGCUGAUCUUGGAGGAUGAUGAUGACGACAAUAUGUCAGAGUUUGAUUCAUUAGGUGACGAAUAA